AUGCAGGGUAGGAAUGGGACUCCAAAAACCUGGGAUAAAAUUAGACAGCAUCGUCGGAGGAUCCGAGAUGACUUCAAUCUGGAUGUGGAUGAGUUGCUUCGAUUUUCGAGCGACAAGGAAGUCUUCACAAAUAAUGAGGAGAAGAUUAUUCGUGGAGUAGGUGAUCUAUCGGAGCGAUUUGAUAAGCUCUUCGACAUCCUUUUGACCAAGAACGUAGAUAGGAUUCCCCUCUUCCUCGAGACCCUUUCUGCCAUGGGGAGGAAUGACAUCAGGAUGUUUUUACAAGGGAUCGUUGAAUGUCAUCUGUAUUUCUCUCCUUUGAAGGGAGAGGGUCACUUCCCCUUUGAUCCCUCCGCCAGACAGAGGGCUGUGGUGAUCCUAUGGAGAGGGGACAGGCAUCAUUCCUCGGAUUACUUUGCGGUUGUAAAGGUGGUCCGUGGAAUCAGUAAGAUUGAGACGCGGUGGUUUAGAAGCCCUAAUGUUCGCCCACAGGAGGAAAAGUCACCCCCGAAGAUUUACCAGGAGUUCAUGUAUAAAGUAUAA